AGCCCCCGAGCUGUGCCCUCUGUGUUCAGGGCUGGAGCCCGUGUGCUGGCCGGCCCUGCCCUCCCGAGGCUGCAGCGACCUCACCCCUUCCCAGGAACACCGCACACGUCUCGGUUUCUCCAUUUGGGCGGAAUGACCUCUGAGGCCCUCCUUCUUGGGGUCUGAGCUGCUUCCACCCUUGUAUGUUUAUCUCCUAGAAACUACGACUCUCUCAGGAAGGAGAACAUUUAUGAGAACAACAAGCUGGCCUUCCGCGUGGCAGAGGAGCAGCUGGGCAUCCCAGCCCUGCUGGACGCCGAGGACAUGGUGGCCCUGAAGGUGCCAGACCGGCUGAGCAUCCUGACCUACGUGUCGCAGUACUACAACUACUUCCACGGACGCUCCCCCAUUGGGGGCAUGGCCAGCAUCAAGAGGCCCCCGUCAGACUCUGAAGAAGAACCAUCUGGAAAGAAGGCCUCACCCCAGCUGGCCGGGCCCUUGUCCCACCCAGCCCGGGGGCAGCCGCUGUCUCCGGUCAGCACAAACACCACUGUCCAGCGGAAGGACAAGGGUACAGAGGGCCCCCCGCCGAAGGCUGGCCAGGGUGCGGCGGGCGGCUCUGUCAGCAGCGCCUGCGGGGUCUGCGGCCAGCACGUGCACCUGGUGCAGCGAUACCUGGCCGACGGGAAGCUGUACCAUCGGAGCUGCUUCAGGUGUAAGCAGUGCUCCAAAACCCUGCGCCCCGGCGCCUACCGUUCUACGGCAGAGCGAGGCGUCUUCAUCUGUUCCAGCCACCACCCCACAGCCGCCUCUACAAGCCCCACAUUGCCGGGCCUAGCCCUCAGACAGCCAGGGGCCAUCCCCACGGACUCCAAGUCCCCCAGUGCCCACCAGACAGCCCAGGAGGCGCGUGGGUGGAGAGAUGCAGGGCCAGAGGCCAGGCCUGCAGCCCGGGAGCUCGUGGGCAACUCAACAGCCAAAGGCUUCGUUCCUUCUGCGGCUUACCCCCCGGUGACCACUUCCUCCCAUGUCCCCUUGGGGAGCCUGUCUGGGCCCAAGCUCUCAGCGGGCCCUGUGGGUGGCAAGGCCAGUAAGCGUGUGACCAACAGCUCCCCGACAGGGUGGUCAUCGCCAGCACAGGACACGGCAACAGUCAGUCCCCGUCCUUCUGUGACCCUGAGCGCCCUGGACCCUCACCCGGCCACACAACAAGGCUGGGCAACCCCCCAAGUGUCAGCCCCCCAGACUAAGCUCAGUUCAAGCCCAGUGUCCCCAGGCCCAGCAGAUGCCCCGGCCUGGACCCCGUCAGCCUCCAGGACACAGCAGGCCCGGGAGAGGUUCCUGCAGGCGCCUGGAGCCGCCCCCAGCACCGGGCCAGCCAGCAGGGCCCCAGCUGCAGCAGAUGCUCCCUCCAAGGUCGACCUAAAAGAGAAGGCGCUGAGCCACCUCCAGAAGGCGCUUCCGGGGUUCGGCGGGGCUGGUGCUCAGGCGCUUGGCAGGCCUUCCACAGCCACCUCCCCUGCUUCAAAUUGCCUUCCCAGAACUGAAGGGCCACGGGCAGGUCCGUCUGCCAAGCUGUCACAGUCGGCGUCUCCCCAGACCCUUAGCCCCCCUGCAAGGACUGAGCCACCAGCCCCCCUAAGUGUGGGCACCACUGCGAGGGCAUCCACGUCGCCCCAGGCAGGCGGGAAGAGCUCAGCUGUAUCCUUAGGGGUCAGCAGGGCAGGUGCUGGCUCUAGGCUGAAGCCAGAGGCCCAGCUGGGAAAGGGCCCGAGUGCCAGCGCCCAGAAAGAUGAGGAGGAUGGGCCGGCAGGAUGGAGGGGCCGCCUGAAGCCCGUGGAGAAGAAAAACCCAGCUGAGAGGGCCCCAGAGCUGACAGAGCCGAGGGUCCUGGGGGAGCCGAGGGCAGGGAAUGCUCCCCAGAAGGUCCCUGGGAGCUCUGAGGGGGGCGUCUGCAUCACCCUGACCCCUGUGCGGCCUGACAAGACAGUGGGCCUGGCUGGCCCCCAGCCCAACCUCUCAGCUGCAUCUCCUUCCCUGGACCCCUCCCCGUCCCACCGCAGGAAGCUGGUCAUCCCUGCCAGCUUGGACAUUUCUGGCAACUGGCUUCAGCCCAAACCCUUGCAGCAGGGAGUCCAGGCCCAGAGCUGGAAGGUGGAGGAGAAGCCUUCCACUCAGGACAAACCAGGGAGACCCUUGGGCCCGGCCGAUGUCCCUGCUUCACCUCGCAAGGCAGUGACCUCCCCUGUGAGGCUGCACCCGGACUAUAUGCCGGAGGAGGAGAUUCAGAGGCAGGUGCAGCAAAUUGAGAGGCAGCUGGAUGCCCUGGAGCACAGGGGCGUGGACCUGGAGAAGCGCCUGAGGGCAGCCGAGGGGGACGCCUUGGAGGACGUGCUCAUGGUGGACUGGUUCCGGCUCAUCCACGAGAAGCAGCUGCUGCUUCGGCUGGAGUCAGAACUGAUGUACAAGGUCAGGGACCAGCACCUGGAGGAGCAGCAGCUGGACAUCUUGGAGGAGCUGCGCCAGCUGAUGGCCAGGCCGGAGGGUCUGAAGUCACCCCGGGACCGGCAGCGGGAGCAGGAUCUGCUGACUCAGUAUGUGAGCACUGUCAACAACCGCAGCGACAUCGUCCACUUCCUGGAUGAGGACCGGCUCAGAGAGCAAGAGGAGGACCAGAUGCUGGAGACCAUGAUCCAGAAGCUGGACCUCCAGAGGAAGAAAUCCAAGUUCCGCUUGUCCAAGAUCUGGUCCCCGAAGGGCAGGAGCAGGACACCCGAGUGAGCUGCCUGGCUGGCUGCAGGACCCUGGCCUAUGGGCUGGGCAGGGCGGGCACCGUGGGGUGGACCUGGACCACCCUCUGUGGAAUUCAAGUGGCCUCAAUAAAGAAACUGACCAUGUG